AGAACUUUCACAAAUUAUUUCAACUCUUAUCUCGACAUAUGAUUUAAUUUUCUAUUCAUGGAGAGGAUUGGCAGUAUUCAAUUUUAACACAAAAUAGACACAAAUUAUACAUAAAAUAAAGAUGAGUGUAUCAGUUGCUAUGGUAAUAUGUAUGGUUGCUAUGGCAACAGCAGAAAAUGUACGGGUGGAAGUGGAUGUAAAUGGAGAAAUACAUUAUCACCAUGAAAUUGAUCCAGAUGAUGAAGAUACUCUUAACAAAGCAUCUGAAGACGCAGAGCAUAUACAAGAUCACUACAAGGGUCAAGUAAAGUUGGAUUUUAACUCCAUGCCGAAGGAAGAAAAAGAGUUCCAUUUCUUUAAGCAACAUGACUUCAAUCAUGACGGUCAACUGGAUGGCAUCGAGAUAUACCAUGCAUUUGGCGAGAGAGUGAGACAUCCACAAUACCCAACUGAAGGAUCAUACGAGGAGAGAGAAAAAGAAUACCUAGAAAAAGUAGACAGAUUAACUUUAAGACUAACAAAGGGUAUAGACCGAAUGCUAAACAAAAUAGAUAGCAAUGACGAUGGAUACGUUACUUAUGUUGAAUUUGCAGCAGCUAGAAAAAACAGAUUUAAGAAUCCCAUGUUCAGCAGCCUGACAUAAUUGAAUAUUAAAGACAUAAAACAUUAGACCUUUGACAAAAUAUCAGAACUACAUUCAACUACAAUAGACAAGAGAGGAGGCAUACGUACAAGUUUCAAAAGUCGAAUUUAAAGCAUUAUUGAUAAAUCAACCUCUGAAAUGUUCAGUUUACUAGUCAUAGACAAAAUCUAGUUUACAAGAUUAUUUAAUUAUAAUGUAAACAAUAACAUUAAAACACCUAAAGAAAUCAAAGAUCUAAAUUCUUAAGUAAUUUCCUUUAUUGAUGUUUAGCUUGAGAACUUAAUUGGUGCAAAAGAACUUGCUCAAAAAUUUGUUUUUGAAGAUGAGAUCAAAUGAAGAUUAUAUUUCCGAUCUGUGUCAGCUCUACUUCUGAGAUCUUUUAAAAUACAUGUACAGUAAAACAUGUUUAUACAAGCAAUUUUCAUGAUUCUGAAUUUAUAAGUAUUUUAUGUCCCCAAUUUACCAUUUUAGAAUUUUAUAAGCAAAAUCAGAAUGCUUUACAGUACAUGCACAUGUAAACUGUAAAGAUUGCAACAGUAUAUUUUCUGAAUAUACAUAUCUGUAGAAGUUAACAUUUUUAUGUACCUCACAAUAAAAAA